AUGUCCAACAGCAGCUCCAUCACCCACUUCCUCCUCCUGGCGUUCACAGAGACGCGGGAGCUGCAGCUCCUGCACUUCUGGCUCUCCCUGGCCAUCUACCUGGCUGCCCUCCUGGGCAACGGGCUCAUCGUCACCGCCAUCGCCUGCGACCACCGCCUCCACACCCCCAUGUACUUCUUCCUCCUCAACCUCUCCCUCCUCGACCUGGGCUCCAUCUCCACCACUCUCCCCAAAUCCAUGGCCAAUUCCCUCGGGGACACCAGGGACAUCUCCUACAUGGGAUGUGCUGCACAAGCCUUUCUAUUUGUCUUUUUGAUGUCAGCAGAGUUUUUUCUCCUCACGGUCAUGGCCUACGACCGCUACGUGGCCAUCUGCACACCCCUGCACUACGGGACCCUGCUGGGCAGCAGGGCUUGUGCCCACAUGGCAGCAGCUGCCUGGGCCGGUGGGUUUCUCAAUGCUCUGCUGCACACGGCCAGUACAUUUUCACUGCCCCUCUGCCAUGGCAAUGCCCUGGGGCAGUUCUUCUGUGAAAUCCCCCAGAUCCUCAAGCUCUCCUGCUCAGGCACCUACCUCAGGGAAGUCGGGAUUCUUGUCGUUAGUGCCUGUUUAGUGUUUGGCUGUUUUGUUUUCAUCCUUUUCUCCUAUGUGCAGAUCUUCAGGGCUGUGCUGAGGCUCCCCUCUGAGCAGGGACGGCACAAAGCCUUUUCCACGUGCCUCCCUCACCUGGCCGUGGUCUCCCUGUAUAUUGGCACUGGCACAUUUGCCUACCUGAAGCCCCCCUCCAUCUCCUCCCCACCCCUGGACCUGGUGUUGGCAGUGCUGUACUCGGUGGUGCCUCCAGCAGUGAACCCCCUCAUCUACAGCAUGAGGAACCAGGAGCUCAAGCAGCCCAUUAAGCAAGUGAUUUCAUGGAUAUUUGUCACUAUCAAUAAACUUUCCAUCACUCUCCAAAAAUGACAUUUAGUGUAUCCCAAUGAAGACCUUUACUUUGUUUACUGAUUUAUUUUUUUUUAGCUCUACCUGUUCUAUUAUUUAUUGUUGUUACGUUCCUACAUAAUCGAUUGUAUUCAUCUUACCCUCCUUAUAAAUGAACCUAUCCCUGUCUAUUACCUCAAACCUGUAUUGAUGUUUUUUGUAACGCCUUUUCAGAGCUGACACUCUCACAGCAUCUCUGUAAGAAAAUGAUGCCUCCAUCAGGCAGGACCUCAAGAUUUGGCUGUUCUUCCAAAGCUGAUGUCAACAACAGGCCCAGGAAUUUCCCCCCAAAGGGCCUGAGCAGAAAGCUCAUCGUCACCUUGGUGGCUGUUAGAGAUCAAGGGUUGGGUUUAGGACACAUGCCUUGAUG